AUGCGUGGCUGUUAUGUUCGUGACGAGGGUCGCAAACGAUUAAAAUGUUUUUUUUCGUCCGCUUUGAUAUUCAUAACAUCUGAUCUUCAAUUCAAUAUUUUAUGCAUUAACAACACAUUCGAUAUGAGUUACGGGCUAACAGGUGCCUGUGAAACUACUAGUGAUAAUAUUACUAGUACAGACGGUGAAUAUCAUCAAUAUCUUAGUCAUUACAAUACUCCGGUUCUUCUACACGACAUACGCAGUCUACACACACAACGUGAGGGUGGCGGAGAAAGAUUGCGCACAUCGGGUAGAACCAUCAACACUGCUAGUCGUUUCCAGCAACAAUCAAGUCCAUAUUCCAAUGGUCACCAUUCUUCAUCAAUACUCAAUGGUCAUAAUAGAUUAGAUGAUACUGAAGAACAAUUACAGCUACAACAGCAACAGAUAGAUAGCGAUUAUGGAGAAUUGGCACCUGAUCGACCCGAACUAUUGAUGUGGGGACUUACAAAAAGCGGUAAAACAUCGAUUAUAAAACUUAUUUUUGACAAAAUGACAGCCGGUGAAACACUUCAACUUCCAGAAACAAAAAUGAUUUUACGGCAUGAACUCUCAUGUGGAAUUCACGUUAAAUUCAAAAUUUGUGAUGUACCCGGCCCGAAAACAGCAUCUCUACUCGAUUUUGAUGCGUAUUCAGCUGAAUGCACUACGAUCGUGUUCGUUCUUGAUGCAACAGAAGAUUGCUCAGAUUCAAUUAAUUUAUUGGUUAGUUCUGUGCAACAAUUGUACUCACAGGGUCGUAAUAUUCGAUUCGAAGUACUCAUUCACAAAAUUGAUGGCGUUCAUGAGCCCGACCGUCUUGAACGCUACUCAAGUAUUCAACAGAAAGUAACUGUUAUGUUACACGAAUGUUCGAUCGAAGAACCACUUAUCAAUUUCUAUUUGACAAGUAUUUAUGAUCAUUCGAUUCAUGAAGCAUUCAGUAAAAUCGUACAAAAUCAAAUGCGACAGCUACGUGCGCUCGAAAAUAUGCUUGAUUUGGUUACAGCGAGUACUCAAUUAGAUAAGAUCUUCGUAUGUGAUAUUUCUAAUAAGAUAUUUCUGGCAUCGGAUACAAAACCAGUUGAAAGUCAAAUAUCGGAACUGUGUUGCGAUGUAGUCGAUGUUUACAAAGAUAUUUCGUCUAUAUAUGGGCAAAAUAGUAGUUCGGUGCUCGAUUCAAUGUCAAAUUGUACUAUUGAACUUUCAAUAGGACUUGUUCUAUAUUUGAAAGACAUUAAUUCGACAACUGCGCUGAUAUGUAUUUUAAAGAGAGAAUCGAGAAUAAACGAAGCUUUGAUGGAAGUAAAUUUAAAUGUUCUUAAACAAAAUAUUCAAGAAUUAUUCCUUGCUAAUUCAAAUUAUUCACCACGACAACAAAUAUAUCCAUCUAUGGAAUGA